AUGACACGAGCACUACAUUAUGUAUUCAAAAUUGCUGAUCGAAAAAUGAGUCGUGAUUUUUUUGUCAAUAUUCUAAAAAUGAAGGUUCUACGGCAUGAAGAAUUUGAGGAAGGUUGUAAAGCUACAUGUAAUGGACCAUAUAAUGGUAGGUGGAGUAAAACGAUGGUCGGUUAUGGAAGUGAAGAUGAUCAUUUUGUACUGGAAUUAACGUAUAACUAUCCAAUCAGUUCAUAUGAAUUGGGUAAUGAUUUCGGAGGGAUCUGCAUUCGAUCAACGGAUGUGUUUGAAAGCUGCAAAAAUUAUCAGAAAGCUAUCAUUACGGCGAAUGGAGAAGUGGAAAUUAAAGAUCCUGAUGGACAUAAAUUUUACGUAUUACCACAUGUUUCUGAAUCGGCUAUCGCAGAUCCGAUUUAUAAAGUAAAAUUAAAUACGCCGGAUCUGAAGGAAACUUUAAAUUACUGGACUGAAUUGCUGAAUUUUACUAAGAUGAAACAGAAUGAAAAUUGCUCCAUUGUGUUAAUUGGUGAAAAAGAAAAGUUCGAGUUGGAAUGGAACUUAAUUAGCGCUAAAAUUGAUCGCCGUACCGGUUUUGGUAGGAUAGCUUUCGCCAUUCCGAUGAAAGAAUUAGAACCAAUGCAAAAGAAAAUGGAGGAAACCAAGCAGAAGAUUUUGACUCCUUUAGUAAAAUUGGAUACUCCCGGUAAGGCAGCUGUUCAAGUUGUCAUUCUUGCUGAUCCAAAUGAUCAUGAGAUAUGUUUUGUUGGUGAUGAAGCUUUCCGAAAAUUAUCACGGAUUGAUAUGAAUGCAGAUGUAAAAUUGCUGAAGGCAAUCGAUGAUGACAAAAGUGGAAAAUACAAAAUACCGGCUUAG